CACUGUUGUCGCCUCGUCAGCUGUUCUCAGACGAAACCGAAAUUUUCCUUCGGCGUCUCUCUUUUGCGGAAAUUUAUCACGAUGUCGACUUAUAAACCGGUGACGCAUGUUAUUUUUGACAUGGAUGGCCUUCUGUUAGAUACAGAAGCCCUGUAUACCUUGGCAACUGAACGCGUGUUGAAACCCUUUGGUAAAGAGUACACGUGGGAGCUAAAAGUCGCUCAAAUGGGACAGAAAGCUGAAGUUUGUGCCAAGGUUAUAAUUGGCAGCCUUGGUAUUAACCUCUCUGUUGAGGAUUACUUAAAACAGGUCUCACAGAUUCAUAUGGAGAUAAUGCCUUCAGCCAAAUUCUUACCAGGUACUGUUCAUGUAAAAGGUGAAUGGGUGUGUUCUGUAUAGCUGAUUCUGUAAAUAAUGUCUUAGCUUAAUAUGUUUGUAGAGGUGACCUUCUUGGGUUUUUUGUUUUUUUUGUUUGUUGGUAUGAGCUGGGUAGAUUUCAGUUGGUAAUCUAACAUGACUUGAAAUUUUCAUCACACUCAUUUGUUGGGUUUUUGCUUCUUAAGGGUAAAAAAAUAACCCAUUAUUAACAUAGACCAGUUAGAAUAGACUGUGUGACAAGGAUAUUGAUCCAACUUUUCUUAUGAUUUCAUUGUGAAAGAGAUUUAAGAUUUACAUAUGUAUAACAAUAAGAAAAAGAAGAUUAAGGCCAUAAGAAACUUUACCAGCAUCUUCUUGUUACAUAGUAUUUACUUACCUUUUCAUAUUCACUUCAAUUUUCCUCUGCUAGGUUUCAAAGACAAAUAUAACCGCUGGUCUGAGUUUGACCAAGUUAACAACAUUAUAUGAGUGAUUUCUCCUGGCAUGUUCUGCCAUAAGCCUGGAAAAGAACCCACUUGCCAUAGAUAUUAGUCAUUAUAAAUAUUUGAAUAUCACUGUUCUCCUUAAUACAAAGUAGGAAUUAACUUUUUGAAUUGAAUCUUUUUCUUGUAGAUGAGUUGAUAUAUUCGGUUAAUUCAACUUAUCUUUUUUUAUUCUCUACACUUUUUUUUAUUUUUUUUUCAUAGCACUUGUCUAGUUCAAGGUAUUUGAACCCAUUGAAUGUGCUCAAACAGUGUGUUUUUUAUAACUAAGGAAUAUUA